CAGGUGAAUAUGAUAUUUGUGGUGUUACUCUGAGUGUAUAUUAUUCAAAUAUACAGCUAGUAUUCCAAAGGUCGUAGGUUCGAAUCCCACCGUGGCCGGGCAUAUUUUUCAAGCUCGCCCGGUGUGGAUAUAUUCUUAAGUUGCUGGGGAGAAUGGAUGAGCAUGACUUCGACAGAUAUGUGACAGAUAUCUGCAGGCAUUUUACAGAUAUGUCAGUUUGGUAAGCAGGAAUUGUUUAUUUUGAAUCAUUUGUUGCGUGGUUUCGUCGAGGAAUUAGCACUGAAAAUUUGCAAAGGUAUUAGAAAAGCGUGGCCGUUCUUGAUUGAACGGCAUUAUAUCCUGUGCUUUUCUUGUAAUUUACUGAUUUUCGUGUGAUUUUGCUGUCACCAAAUAGUCAAAUACUUGCUGAAUUGCUGUUUGCUUUGAGGGGGUCAGACUCACGAGGGCUUGAAUAUUGCGCUGGUUUUGUAGUUUCUACUUUGUUUUCCAUAAUUAUAUGCUAUAGUAUACAGUAUGUACAUAUUUUUGUUUACCAGAUGUAUAUAGUAAUUCCUUUCAUUUGCUUGCGAGUUCAAUUCAGCUAAGUUGUAAUAAAGAUCGAAAAUAUUGAGAAUAAAAUGUGAAUCUCUAGCUCGCAAUGUCUUGGUGAAUCGCAACACUCGUAAACAAUUUCUAAUAAUAUCCGCUCUUGCAUUUGUCUGGUGCUCUGUAUUUUGAAGUUUUACCAGAGUGAAAGACUUAUUAAUAUAAUAAUUACGAUAGAUGUACUUGAAGAUACGAUUUGGAAUUUUGUUGUACAGUACAUCUGGUUCUGAUACCAAAAGAUAUUUUAAGGGAAAAGUUACUCAUAAAUACUAAAAAUAAAAUGUGAUCAUCGGCCCAGCAACGAGCGAGACUACCACAUAAUUUGUUACACGAUCGAACUGUAGACUAGACAUGAAUUAUAAUCAUCAUCUUAAUCAUCAUCUAAUAAGGGUCUUCUAAGUUUCAGUUGGCAUGCAACAUGUACGCCGUGCGUGCCUAUUUUUCAAUUUAAGCACUGUUGUGUGCAGGUUAAUUCUGAGUCAUGGAUGCUAUCAUAAUUAUAAGUUGAUAAACAUUGAAGUCAGAUAAAAAGCAUUGCAACCAAAAACAUUGGCUUAUUGUAGUCAUGAUUGUAGUUUAAAAAUGACGUAAUGGCCUAGGAAAGACCGUCCUUCGCAGAUUGUCAUUUAAUCUCACAAUAAUUUACACGUUUGUAACAUUCGGGGUGGUAGGCCGUUGGAACCCCUUAGUUUUUGAACCAACCCUAUCUAACUAGCAUUACGCCACUCCUUUAUCAAUUGGGUUGUUAACUUAGUAAGAUUUCCGUCAGAGCGGUCAACACAUUAAACUUGAACUUAAGGAAUCCAAAGACAACGAAAUGGAGGAAGUGGAUCCAGUCAACGAAGAUACACAAGAAGAAAGGUCUUCAGAUAAUGAACAGUUGGAAAAUAUGAUGAAAGUAUAUGAGAGAUACUUGUCCCAACCCGUAGGAGAAGAAGGGUGGGAACAAAUGUGGAGAAAACGUAUGGUCCCCGCACCAAAAAAGUCUUCUGAUGAAUUGAAAGUGGAAAAACCGAUAAAUGUGCCUGUUAAAGGCCUAUCGGACGCUGAAUGGGCCGAACUACUUGGAUUUUAA